AUGUCUUGGUUUACAAUACGUGAGUUGGCUAUCAUAGCCAUAGUACUUGAUGAAGAGGAAAAAGAAAAUAGCAAGAAAAAAAGGAAAAGAUAUUGGGUACACAAUAUGAAUAAAGCAAGGAGUACUGAAGGGGAAUUUCGGACUAUAAAAAAACAUUUGAUGGAUGAUGAAGAGAAAUUUUAUAUUUAUUUUCAUAUGCCGAAAUUUCUCUUUUAUAACAUAUUGCAGUCUAUAGAUGAAUGUAUAAGGAAGAAGAAUACAACAUUCAGAGAAACAAUAUCGCCCGAAGAAAAACUAUCUGUAACGUUAAGGUACUUCAUAACUGGAUCUACAUUUACUAAUUUAUCAUCGAGCUUCCGUUUAGGAGAAUCAACUAUUCGUUUGAUAGUAAUAGAUGUGUGCAAUGCAAUAAUAAAUAAAUUAAUGCCAAUUCAUAUACCUCAACCAACUACAGCCGCAUGGCAAGGAAUCGAAGAAGGAUUUAAAAAUAAAUGGAACUUUCCGAAUUGCAUAGGCGCCAUUGACGGCAAACAUGUAAAUAUAAUUGCACCUCCCAAUAGUGGAUCGUUGUUUUUUAACUAUAAAAAAACAUUUUCUAUUGUUUUGUUAGCUAUAGUUGAUCCUGAAUACAGAUUCAUAGCGGUUGAUGUCGGAGCCUAUGGAAAAAACAGCGAUGGCGGAAUCUAUUCGUCAUCUACAUUUGGAAAGGCACUUGAAAGAAACACAUUAAAUAUUCCAUGUGACAAACCAUUACCAGGUACUAAUCAUGCAAUGCCACAUGUAUUUGUGGGAGACGAGGCAUUUCCAUUGAAGACAUAUUUAUUAAGACCAUAUCCUCGCUCAAAUACACGGAGACUAUCAGAUCCUGAACGGCAAUAUAAUUACUGCUUAUCACGAGCUAGAAGGGUUGUUGAAAACGCUUUUGGAAUUUUAUAUCAAAAAUUUGCGAUUUACAACAAAAAUAUUAAAUUGCAUCCAAAGUUUGUAGAUAAAGUGGUAUUAACAACUUGCAUUUUACACAACAUGAUGAGGACAUAUAACAUUGAGAUGAAUUUACAGGAACCGAACAGAACAGAACAUGAAAUUACAGUUGAAUUCGGCGAAGACCGAUUGUUAAGUCAAUUACCAAAUAUUAGUGGUGCCCAUAUGGCUACUGCUUUUAAUGUACGUGAAAUGUUCAAAACAUAUUUUCAAACUUCUACCGGACGAGUACCAUGGCAGAAUUGUAGCCUUUAG